UUGGAACGGCGUACGAGCGGCUGUGGAAAACGCCGAGAUAUGUACGCAACGGAAUAUCUACACGUAUCAGGAAGAGAUCGUCGGCGGCGAGGAUUGUCUUUACCUAAACGUAUACACGCCACGUGUUUCGUACUCCGAAACGCCGUUGCUUAUCGCCCAUCGAUAUCCGGUUAUGAUCUGGUUCCACGGUGGUGGAUGGCUCACAGGGGCCGGUCACUCCGAAUUUUACGGGCCUAAGUUUCUUCUGGAUCACGAUCUCGUUCUCGUCACUAUAAAUUUUCGACUUGGCCCACUGGGCUUUUUAAGCACGGAGGACUUGGAAUGCCCGGGAAAUCUUGGAUUGAAGGAUCAGCAGCAAGCUAUGCGAUGGGUGCAGGAGAAUAUUGUUUCCUUUGGCGGUGAUCCGAACAGAGUAACCCUCUUCGGCGAAAGUGCGGGAGGCGCAAGUGUUCAUUACCAUAUGAUCAACCCUCUCUCGAAAGGUAAGGUCUUUGGCAAAAUCUUCGUAAUGAAUCACAUUAAUAUCUUUGCAUCUAUAUCUAUAAAACACUUUUACUCUUCCUCCUUUCCGCUUCUUUAUUUCCUUAUAAUUUAUUUCUGUACAAAA